CAAUUCGUUCGCACUAGGAUAUCCCUAUCUUUCGCAGCCUAAAGUCACGCGUAAACAAACUGAUAAUACACACCGUUUUCGUGACGAAAAAGUGAACCAACAGCAAGACGUUUCAACGAGUUGACGUGAGUUGUGCCCUGCGUUGCGUCCCGUACUCUGUUCGUCUAGGUGAUUUUGCCUUCUUGUCAUCGUUGUGGAUUUCCUCUCUGUUUUUUACCGUCUUCUGCAUUUUGACGUGAGAAUGAAACGCUGCGACGUAAUAAUCGACACGCAGUCGAAUUAGCUCGCUCGUCGCUCUUCUCUCCACCUGUCCACGCUGUCUUUGUCGCCUGCCUCGGCCUGGGUAGCCAACAUGUCAGACGUCAAGAGUCUUGAGCAUCCCACAUUGAAGGUGCCAUACGAACUACUGAAUAAAAAGUUUCGCUCUGCUCAAAAAGCCCUGGACAGAGAAGUCUCUCAUCUCCAAACAAUGUCAAAUGAGCUCGAGAAAGAACUGAAGGCUGACGAGCCGGAAACAUAUGUUGCCAGUGGUGAUAUAACGAAACUGCUGGAUGGAGUAGUGGCGAAACUUCAAGUAUUGAAACGUAAAGCACAAGAGUCAAUCGCUGAGGAGUUGCAGGCAGGCCUGGUAUGUAAGAGAAGACUGGACCAUCUGAAGAAACACGCCAACACCUCGCCGAGCGCCGUAAAUCAGUGGCGGCGGCAGAGACUCGACAGGAUGUUGGUGGAAUACUUCCUUCGUAAAGGUUACUACAAGACAGCGACCAAGCUGGCUGACAGCAGUGAACUCAGGGACUUAACAAACAUAGAUGUAUUUAUGGUGUCACGAGAAGUGGAAAGAUCUUUGGCGAAUCAUGAGACUGCGAGAUGCAUCAGCUGGUGUCACGACAAUCGCUCGAAACUGCGAAAGUUGGGCAGCACGAUGGAAUUUAAUUUGCGCGUGCAGGAGUUUAUCGAGUUGGUGAGAAACGAUCGGAGACUCGAUGCGGUUAAACACGCGCGCAAAUAUUUUGGCAGUUACGACGAUUAUCAGUUGCAAGAGAUUCAAUGUUGCAUGGGCCAGUUGGCCUUUCCAGCCAAUACUUGUCUCAGUCCAUACAAAGACCUGUUGGAUGAGAAAAGAUGGGACAAAUUAAUCGAACAAUUCAGGCACGAGAAUUAUAGGCUAUUUCAGUUGGCUAGUCAGAGCGUUUUUACAGUGGCUCUUCAAGCCGGGCUAUCGGCACUCAAGACGCCACAGUGUUACAGCAAUAACAAGGAGGGCAGAAACCCGAGUUGCCCGGUUUGCAAUGAAGCACUGAACGAAUUGGCUAUGCCGCUGCCUUUCGCACAUUGUUCGCAAUCACGGCUUGUUUGUAGCAUAAGCGGGAAACCGUUAAAUGAGUACAAUCAACCCAUGAUGAUGCCGAACGGAUAUGUAUAUGGAGAACAAGCUCUAGAAAAGAUGGCUCAAGAGAACAACGGUACUGUGAUUUGCCCGAAAACCAAAGAAGCAUUUCCGUACAAGAAGAUCGAGAAGGUUUACGUUAUGUAAAUCAGAUAUUUGACACAGCAUAUAUGUCGUAUUAUAUGCAAUGCUUACUGAGGCACUCUCCUUGCUCUAAUCUCUUAUUUAAUUAAAUACGAUUGUAUACCGUCGACUAAUGGAAUACGAGAAUAACAUUUAUUUUUAAGGAAAACCGAGAUCGACCGCUUUAUUUACGCUCACCCUGUAUAGUCGAGAUAAGAGCGGACGUGGAGAUAGAUAGAUAGAUAGAGAGAGAGAGAGAGAGAGAGAGAGAGAGA